GGGGGGUUGAGGGAGAGCGGGCGGCGGCACAGCCGUGUCCUCGGGUGCUCCGGGAGGCGAGGCGGGCGCGCUGCCCUCUUCUUGAGUCCCUCGAACGAGGCCUCAAUUCCCCCCCUCCCGCCCCGCGCCCGCCUCAGUGAGGUGGCCCCUGUUCUCCCGGCGCUAGUUGGUGGUUUCCUCAGCGACGCCAGAGAGAAGUGGAGGGGGGUGAGAGAGAGAGAGAGAGAGAGAGAGAGAGGAAGGCGCUUGUGCUGUGGCUUGAAAAGGGGAGAAGCGGGAGGGCAUGGAGGACCCUUGCGUCCUCCUCCUCCUGAGCAGGGAGAGAACCCCGAAGUCGAGCGCUCAAGCAAAGUCGUGAGGGGACGCUGAGGAGGAGGAAAGGAGGGGGUGCUUCUCCCCUUCUCGGCCCCUCCUCUCUCUAAAAGCUCCCCUUGAACCCCCUGUAGCCCCGCUGUGCUCUUGAGGGGCGGCGGUGGCGGCGGCGGCACAUUGAGAGACAGCGCCUGUCAAGCUUCUGAGCAGCAGCAGCAACAGCAGCAGCAGCCAGCUCCCUUCCUCCUCCUCCUCCUCCUCCUCCUCCUUCUGUUGCCGUGCUGCAUUGGGAAUACCGGCUCUGCCGCUGAAUGGAGGCGCCGAGGAGGAGGCUCGGGCACAACGGGGAGGAGGAGGGGGAGGGAGGGGUCCGGGGAGAGGCGAGAGCCUAGUCUGACCCGGCUCGGAGGAGAGGCCGCUCCUCUUGUCUGAGGGGAGCCUCGCCACCAGCGGAGGAGAGCCAGCCCAUCCUGGCAGCAGCAGUAGCAGCAGCAGCAGCACGAGCUGAGCUCCCUUGCCUGCCAGCGCCUCCUCUUCCCUUCUCUCUCUCUGCCUUUCUUUCUCCCUGGAUGGCUCACGGCGGGGGCCAAACUUGGAAAAGCCGCCGAGGGGCGGUGUGUGGGGCUGCUGCUGCUGAGGCUGGUGGCGGAUAAAGAAGAGGAGGAGGAAGAGGACGAAGGCGAAGAGGCAGCCUCUGGGCGCAAAGGGAGCGGCGGCGGCGGCGGCGCUUGAGGAGCCUGAUGUCCGUCGCUGGCCGGGACUUGGCGGAAAGAGGCGGCGGAGGCGGCGGCGGGGAGGUUCGGCGCCCCCUCCCCAGUGCUGCUGGGUCUGGCUCCGCGGCUGCCGGCCUCUGAUUGGAUAAGGGCCCGGCGGCGGCGGCGGCGGCGCGUGGGACUGCGGGGCCGCGGCGAGGGCUCGGCGGGAACCAUGGGCUUUUGCAGCGGCAGGUGCAGCCUCAUCUUCCUCUGUGGCAUGCAACUGAUGGAUUAUCUGAGUCCACACUGCCAUAUAAUCCAGUUCAAUGUGGAUUUUAUACAGCUGUGUGGAAGGGGCCUAGGAUUCCAUGGAGUGCAACCAGGGCAGGUGUGUGUGCUGGAGAGACAGAUAUUUGAUUUCCUUGGUUAUCAGUGGGCACCAAUCCUGGCAAAUUUUGUACACAUUAUUAUAGUCAUACUUGGCUUAUUUGGAACCAUCCAGUAUAGACCUCGCUACAUAACAGGAUAUGCUGUCUGGUUAGUCCUGUGGAUUACAUGGAACGUAUUUAUUAUCUGCUUCUACUUGGAGGCUGGGGACUUAUCAAAGGAAACAGAUCUUAUUCUGACUUUCAACAUCUCAAUGCACCGAUCUUGGUGGAUGGAGAAUGGGCCGGGCUGCACCGUGACAUCGGUGACGCCAGCCCCAGACUGGGCACCAGAAGAUCAUCGCUACAUCACUGUCUCAGGGUGUGUUCUUGAAUACCAGUAUAUAGAAGUGGCUCAUAGUUCUCUACAAAUCUUUCUUGCACUGGCAGGAUUCAUCUACGCCUGUUAUGUUGUGAAAUGUAUCACCGAAGAAGAGGACAGCUCUGAAUACCCGGUGAUGGGAGGAAGAAUGGCCUACUGGCUCCCCGGAGCAAACCAGAUUGAUUUCAUAGGUGGAUUUGAUUCGUAUGGCUAUCAGGGCCCACAGAAGACAUCUCAUUUACAACUACAGCCUAUGUACAUGUCAAAAUAAAAACAACAAGGCCUGGAGUUGGGCUGAAAGACCAGUCAAGGAUCAGAUUCUGGCAUGACCUCCUGUGGAUUUUAAAAGACUUCUGUUUUAAUCAAUAACAGAACAAGAAGAUGCAGAGGCGGAGGCCUUGGUUUCUGAUGAAUAUGGACACCAUUGCACAAGAUCCCUUCUCUCUCAUCUUGGAUUUUCCAAAUCCAUAUACAGAAGAUUCAAAAGGAGAAGCAGUGGCACCAUCUUCUGGCCACUGUCUAAUUUCUUCCAUCGUUCUCAUCUUGCCUCUGAGUUACAGAAUUGGCUCAACCAUUUUGGGGCUUCUUUUGUACUCUGUCUGGAGCUGUGUUUUCUCAGUCAAUAACUACCCAACAUACCGUGAUGACCUGGAAAAAGAAGUCAAUAGACAGCACAUUGUUUGCCCUAAAGGCUUUAUAGUACAUACUUGCCUUAACCCAUCCUAAGUUGCACAUCAGAGACAUUCUGUGUGGGCUUUCUGAAAAUAACUCCUUUAGGCUCAACCAUGCUGUUCACUAAUUUGGAAACAUUUCCAAGGCUGUAUCAAAUGAUAGGCUGCUCCCCAGCAGGAUCAGAGUUGGCUGUAUAAGAAAACUGCCCAAUGUCAGAGGAAAAGAUGUUUUAUACUCUGAAGCCACAAGAAUAAAUAAAAAUUAUUUGUGAUGGAAAUGGUAUCAUAGAAGAGUUGGAAAAUGCUGGGAAAGGGAAUUCUUAUUAAACUAAUAACUAUAAAGGAACAGCAAAAACAGUGCUCCUUAACCCCACUGUUUUUAUUUAUGCACUAUAGGUGCUUUUAUAAAUGACUCUGUGUCUUUUACUGAUGACUGAGAUGUCUACAUAUUUCUAUCAACAGAAGCCAACUGAAAAUGUAUUAACUAUGUUUACUCUUUUAUAACUAAUUCCAGUUGAAAAUCCUAUGUAAGUGAGCUUUUUUAAAAAAGAAAAACUGCGGCAAACAAAAUUUUUCUUUCUGAAUUUUGUUCUAUUUUUUAGUUGGAGUGGGAGUAGUUGCAAUGGUGAUAUUUUUGAAGAUCUUUUUGUGGUAUUUGGGGGAUUUGUUGUGUGUUAGAAUGUGUAUCUUAUCUUCCUGUAUUAUUGUGGCUCAAAAGAAAAAACUGUGCUGUUAUGUAGUUGGCAAGAAGAUGCCUUUGGAAACUUUACUAGUAGGUCAAUGUCUUUAUGAAAUACUAUUGACUCCUAGAAACGUCUGUUUGUUCUGAAUUUGAGCUGUAUAUUCAACAACUUCAGUGGCUUUUCAUUGGGAAGAAAUAUUUUGCUCAGGCUUUUUUGAACUUGAAUUGCCCUCAUUUCUUUAUUUACUACUUUCAGAUACAUCAGCCUCAGGCACUGGUUGGGCAAAGGUUCUUGGCAAAGGCAACUUGCCUACCAGAUCUUCUUCAAGCAACUUUUUUGUACACUUGCCCAACACUUUCAGUUCUUUGUGGCCUAUAAAAUCUAUACUCCUCCAUAACAAUUCUCAUUGUCUGUCCUUACAUUAAUUAGUCUGUUCUAGCCCCCUCACACCACCCUGCUGUUUGAUGUCUUUGCAUGGAUGUAAUAUGUCACAAAGAAAUAAAUCUGGGUGACCACAGAACAGAUGCUGAUUAGAGAAACAAAAAUACAUAUUCCAGUUUAAGUAAUAUUGGUCCAGCAGUGUGCAUGGAAGUGAGCACAUCUGUAAUAAUGGCAACAUUCAUAUUAUACAGUGGACAGCACAUAAAAAGUCCAAAACUGUAAAUCCUCUUACAUCAACCACCAUACUGUUAAGUAUUUGCAUCUUUGUACCUACACUAGUGAUGGCAUGGCAUAAUCAUUAAUGAUGUCACAUCCGUGUAGUUUUUGAAGAUGCUUCAUUAUCUUGCUUCUUUGCUAAAUUAUCAUUUUAGGCCUGGACCAAAAGCCACUGUUUUAAUAAACCUGCCACUAACUUAACUGUCACUGAGUUUGGCAUGCAAGCAGUGUUGUUAACCUUAUUUUUCACAUUGGCUGUACUUAACAUUACAUGUGUGGGGUUCUAAUCCAGAAUUUUCAACUGCAACAGAUGAUUGAAGGAUCUUGGCCUGUAUUUAGGUUUGGAGCGGCUAGACUGGCAGACUGAUUGAUGCUUCAGUGCUGUUCUAGCCCCAUUCAGAAUGAACAGGAAAGUAUGUUAGAAAAUCAUUAAAUAGAGAGAUUUUCAAGUAUGGAAUUCAGAUGUGUUUUAAAUGCUGGCCUUUUGACUGUCAAUGAGGGAUAGUACAGAGCUUUGUGGGAACCAGUAUUUGAUCUAUGUAGUAGUUCACUCUUAUGAAAAGAAUUCAAAGAAAUAAAUUAUGCCUAUUUCUCUUACUCAUAAAUCAUGUAUAUACAUGGGAAUGAUAAUGUCCAGCUAUGGCAUUUCAUCAGUCCAUGUUUUUGCUCCUUCUUAAAUGACUAUAUCAUUCUGCUACCUCUGCACCCCAUGCCUGAACUGAUACCCAUUAGGAAACAGCUGUCUUAUAGCUGCUGCUGCUGCUGCAAAAGAUAAAAAAAAUCUUUCUAAGAAUGUAUUAUCUUCACCACAAAUAUCUUGCCCUAUCUGUAUGUGCAAAAGAGGUUCUAGCCAGUAUAGGACAAAGCUGAAUGAGAAGAGGGAAGUACUAUCCCAUAUUUCUUAUGAGUUUUGUGCCAGUACCAGAGCCGGCCCUAGGUAUUUUUCAAGUGUAGGCGAACAGAAUUUUGGCGCCCCCCCCCCCAACCAAUCACUGAAAAAUAAAAGCAUUGGAUAAGCGAAAAUGUUGGAUAAUAAGGAGGGAUUAAGGAAAAGCCUAUUAAACAUCAAAUUACAUUAAGAUUUUACAAAUUAAGCACCAAAACAUCAUGUUUUACAAGAAAUCAACAGAAAAAGCAGUCUCAACUGCACCCCCGUAUGUUUUGCGCCCCAAGCUACCGCUUAAUUCACCGCAUUGUUGGACCGGCUCUGGCCAGUACAUAACUGUUUCCAGUGUUGAGAAUCUUUAUAAUCAUCCAAAAACCAAGGACUUUCAUAAAUUGUAUGGGACCCUCUUCUGACUUACAGCCAAAGACAUUAGACUUGCUUGAUCAGGAUUACUAUAGAGUAUCAGUUGCUUUUCUAUAGCACAGUAACCCUUCAUGGCAUGGCUAGCGAGUCUCAAAAAGAAGCAUGAGGAAGAGGUAAAAGUAAGGAAGAGAACAAAUUCCUUCAAUUGAAGGGUUCUUGUGAUGACCUAAAGAUUAACAUGUUUAAUUUGGACCAAGCUUUUGUGGACUACACCCUACUUCAUCAGAUGCAUCAUGUUCAUCUUUAAGAUGCCACAAGAUUCUUCAUUUCCAUUGUUUCCAAUAGCAUAUUUUUUACCAAUAUGUGAAUUGCAGAUUCCCUCUUUUUAACUUAGGAAGGUAUUUUGCAGCUCUCAAGAUGUUUUUUUAAAGAAAUCAGAGAAGGGGGAAUUCUCCCAUCCUCAAACCAGGGGGCAGAGGUCAUCCAGUCAACACAAUUAUUAUUCUACUUUUCACUCUUUGAAUUCCUGGGAUUUGCAAUUUAGGGAAAAAUAGUUAUAAUGGUCAGGCAGAGAGCUCGAGGGUCUGACCAAACUACAAACCCCAGGAUAUGAAAUGCUGGCAGUUAAAAUGGAAUAGUAACACUAUAGUUGUGUAGUUUGGAAAGACUCCGAGUUAGACAAAAGGAAUAUGUUUGGGAUUACUACAGCCUAAGGUAAGAAAAGAAAAUCACUAAAGAACAUGACAGCUGUCCUUUAACAAACUUGCAUAAAGAGUGAGGGCUUAUAAUAUUGCUGCAAUCGAAGGAGGAAAGAAAUGCAGGCAUCCAUUACAGUAUCUCCACCCCAUUACAAGAGUGUCAGGUAACCAUAAAAUCAGAGAACACCAAAAUACUAUGACAAGAAUGCAAUGUGGAUAAUGUGGCAACACUGCAGUGUAUACAGAAAUAAUAUACAUUUCAUAUUAGGCCUUCGUACUUGAUUAGAUUGCAGCUAAAUCACUACCACCAAAAUAAUUUCAGGACUGUCAACUACUACAGUGAAUAAAUUAAUGAACACAUCUGCUAUGGAAUGAGUUUUAGAGCACAGUAGUGUGAGAAUAUCUGAAAUACCGUUAUUGAAUUGUACAGCUGUAUCCUCCUCAAAAUCCAGUGAAGAAUGUUAUUUUUCUAGAUUGGGCUUUUUUGUUGUUGUUAUAAAUCCAAAUAUUCAGAAGGCAAGUGUUAACAAUCCAAAUGUCUCUUUUUGUUAUAGUCAUUUGUUAAUUCUGAAUGUAUUUUUUAACAGAAGGUGAUUUUUUUUGGACUAACUAGUGUAAUUUGCAUUUAAAAAUAAAUGGGAAAAUAUA